UGGGUCGCGCUCAGUCUGCCCGGCGGCGACUGGGCCUGGCAGUCGGGCUAGGCGGCUGCAGAGGCCGGGGCUGAGCGAGCGGGCCCUGGGCGAGUGAGCGGCGCCCCGCGACCUUGCAGUUCUCUGCAGGACCGGGCCAUGGAGCGCGAAGUCCAGCGAGUCCGCCAGGCGUUCCUGUCCGGCAGGUCGCGACCCUUGCGGUUCCGGCUGCAGCAGCUGGAGGCCCUGCGGAGGAUGGUGCAGGAGCGCGAGAAGGACAUCCUGGCGGCCAUCCGCUCCGAUCUGUGCAAGAGCGAAUUCAAUGCGUACAGUCAGGAAGUCAUUACUGUCCUUGGGGAAAUUGAUUUUAUGCUUGAAAAUCUUCCUGAAUGGGUUGCUGCUAAACCGGUUAAGAAGAACCUGCUCACCAUGCUGGAUGAGGCCUAUCUUCAGCCACAGCCUCUAGGAGUGGUGCUGAUAAUCGGAGCUUGGAACUACCCCUUUGUUCUCACCAUUCAGCCACUGAUAGGAGCCAUCGCUGCAGGAAAUGCUGUGAUUAUCAAGCCUUCUGAACUGAGUGAAAAUACAGCCACGAUCUUGGCUAAGCUUCUGCCUCAGUAUUUAGACCAGGACCUCUAUAUUGUUAUUAAUGGUGGUGUUGAGGAAACCACGGAGCUCCUGAAGCAGCGAUUUGACCACAUUCUCUAUACGGGAAACACUGCAGUUGGGAAAAUUGUCAUGGAAGCUGCUGCCAAGCAUCUGACCCCUGUGACUCUUGAACUGGGAGGGAAAAGUCCAUGUUAUAUCGAUAAGGAUUGUGACCUGGACAUUGUUUGCAGACGCAUAACCUGGGGAAAAUACAUGAAUUGUGGCCAAACGUGCAUUGCCCCCGACUACAUUCUCUGUGAAGCAUCCCUUCAGAAUCAAAUUGUGCAGAAGAUUAAAGAAACAGUGAAGGAAUUUUAUGGAGAAAAUGUAAAAGAAUCUCCUGAUUAUGAAAGGAUCAUCAAUCUUCGUCAUUUUAAGAGGAUACUGAGUUUGCUUGAAGGACAAAAGAUAGCUUUUGGUGGGGAGACGGAUGAGGCCACACGCUACAUAGCCCCAACAGUACUUACUGAUGUUGAUCCUAAAACCAAGGUGAUGCAAGAAGAAAUUUUUGGACCAGUUCUUCCAAUAGUGCCUGUGAAAAAUGUAGAUGAGGCCAUAAAUUUCAUAAAUGAACGUGAAAAGCCUCUGGCUCUCUAUGUAUUUUCACAUAACAAUAAGCUCAUCAAACGGAUGAUUGAUGAGACGUCCAGUGGAGGUGUCACAGGCAAUGAUGUCAUCAUGCACUUCAUGCUUAACUCUUUCCCCUUUGGAGGAGUGGGUUCCAGUGGAAUGGGAGCUUAUCAUGGAAAACACAGUUUCGAUACUUUUUCUCAUCAGCGUCCCUGUUUAUUAAAAAGUUUAAAGAGAGAAGGUGCUAACAAACUCAGAUAUCCCCCCAACAGCCAGUCAAAGGUGGACUGGGGAAAAUUUUUUCUCUUGAAACGAUUCAACAAACAAAAACUUGGUCUCCUGUUCCUCACUUUCCUGGGUAUUGUAGCAGCUGUGCUUGUCAAGAAAUACCAAGCUGUGCUGAGGAGAAAGGCCCUGUUGAUUUUUCUGGUAGUUCACAGACUGCGUUGGUCCACUAAACAGAGAUGAACAGCAGAUUUCAAAACCCAGCCCUGUCUGUUAAGAGUGAGGCUGAAUAUUACUGAAGAAUGAUCCUGUUCAACCUCAUAGUGCCUCUACUGAAUUAUUCCUCUUUUAAAUGGUUAAUGAACCAAUAAUUUUUAAAUCCUACCAAAAAUAGUAAGAAAAUAUGCAGACACACUGUGAUCAAACUUAAAGGUCAUUGCCAUUCAUCAUUAAUAAAACUUGCCAUUU